AUGGGGGAUCAUGUCCGUAGUAAAUUGCAGGACACACUGAGCGCUUUGAUACCGCCGUCACAGCGGUUGUUGAUUCUUCAGGACACGCGUGGAUCAAUAUAUGCUCUGGAUUGGUUGAACGGUGCCUUCUUGUGGGCUGUACCGUUACCGCGGGAGGAGUCGGAGGCGACGGGAUUCUCGUUUGAAGCAGGACUGACUUCAUUCCAAGAUGAUGUCUGCAGUUUGGAAAAUGAUCUGGAAGGUGGUCCUUGGGCCUGGAACGAGUUAUCAACAAGUUUGCCUGCGGCGAUCCAGGCCGAAUUACGACAACAGACGGCACGACUACUAGCAGGUCCAGAUGGCGGACUGGCCUUCCUCGAUUUCUCUGGUGAAUUUGUACCGGUUCCGGAUCUCUCGAUAACACACGUGUUGCAACAAACACCCUUUGCCACACCCCUGUUCCCCAAACAUUAUCUACUCGGUCGGCAAACCCAAAAGGUGAUCACAUUGAACCUCCUCAACGGCAAGCCCAUGACCGGUAGCAGCACCGGUGGUUCGAAAUCCGCAUACGGCAGGGGUAUGAGCAGCGGUAGGAGUGCGAGCAGCGGUUCGAAGAGCAACGGUCCCUUCGAUAAAAUCGGCGAAGACAUAGCCUUGGAGAUUGCGACAUCGACCAUUACCAUUUCCGCCCUGCCAAUUGAGAAUCAGAAACAGGCCGACUGGUCAUUCAGCUGGACCACAAUUGGAUCGGUAGGCGAAAGCCCGAUGCGACCGAGCGAGGCAGAGUGUCUGUUGAAUGCCUCUGAAACUGCCGCAGGUGUCUCACUCUCGGCCGGUGUCUGUCUACCCUCCCGCGGCUGGGAACUAGACACUGCUUACGACGUGUUUGGCGUCAGCUGCGCUGAAGUACUCAUUGAAGGUGCACUAGGUCGGGCCAUCUUCGCAGAAGGCAACCAAGUCACAUUGGACCUCUGCUCCGUGGCACGAGCACUCGCACCUUCCUCCAACACCGUUGAUGGCUCCUGUGGCCGCCCGGAUGCGCGGUAUCUUAAGCUCACCUUCCCUCACGCAAUCCUCAACGUCUACCCGCCGAAAACGCUGCACAAAAUGACCAAGUCACUCACCUUAGGAGACGGCCUGCUCGAAAUAGAGCCAGGGACCUUCCCCAUCAACAGCGCACUCUACAAUGCCGUACUCACACACCUACAAGGCUGCGCUGUCAAAAGACUACACGACUACAACCGGUACGCCGAUGAUCAGCGCACAAGACUUGCCGACGAGACAGACGUCGCUGAUCUGGAGCCAGAGACUGGUAUGGAAACUGGCUUGCAGGCUGCUCUGGAGCCAGGGACUGGUCUGGAACCCAGUCUUGUGGGUGACUGUGUUGUCCAACAGGUUGAUGGCGCUGUCCAGUUGGUUCACGGUCAGGACCCCCCAACAGAAACGCGGGAUGCUCUGGUGGUUGUCAAUGAUGCAUCCAUCCCCGUCUUCGACGCACACGGCUGGUUGCUUGGACAGGUCGCCGCUUGCGACCUUGACCGCGGCGACUGCGACGGACCGCUUCCCGAACUCUAUAUACGCCCUCCAGUGGGGCCGGACUCCGCGUCCUCCAUAGAUUCGCUCACAGACGAGUUGACAACAACCAGCUUGCUAAGCGGCAUUGGGCCAGACGGGUACUCGCAGCAAUACAAGCAGAAGACGGUGAAGAUGCUUCUGACCGCCAAGGCUGCGGACGAGCCGCAGCCCACUGCGACCUGGGUUACGGGCAUUCCGCCGCUAUCCGUCCCGCCGCUGUCCGUCCCGCCGCUUUCCGCGCCGCCGCUCGUAGCAGAACCGCUGCCCUUCCCCGAAUAUCGGGUGCCCGAAGCGCUACCCGCCGCCUUGGGAGACCGCCCGCCUACCCCUUACGUUAGCUUCAACUCCGGACUCUACGUUGCUGUACUCUCCCCUUCAAUCACUAAUUGGAUCGUCACCGGCUUCCUCGUGGCCGCCAUCUGCGGCAUCAUUGGCUGGUGGAUGGGUCGUUCCAGUCGAGGACGACUGCGCGGAACUGCCGAAGACGGCUCACACGCGUGUGCACACACUUUUGCAGACGGGCUAGCCAAAUUAAUCAGUCCGUCUGGCAGCCAAAACGGCGGCCGGUCCCAGAGCAGCGGCCCCACGCAGCUCCAGAGCGGCGAGAUUCCGAGUGGCGAGUUCCGAAGCGGCGAACUUCCGAGCGGUGAACGUGUCGGAGGCGAGGAGUCCUCGUUGUCGUCUUCGACAGUGCAGCGGCCCGAAGAGGGCGGCCCGAAGACGCUCGCGAAUUGCGGAGUCGCUUGUGAGGAAGAGCCUGCGGCGGAAGGUCUGGUGGCGAGUUCGCCGGAAUGCGCCGCUUUAAAGCGACCAGGGGAAGCGGUUGGGGACCCGGCGGGGGGUCCACCACUGCCGGCGGUGCCACCGCGGGAGGCUAUGGGAACGGGAUCGCCGGCGAGCAGGGGAUGCUCUCUGUGA